CAAAAAUGAUGUGGCAUGUCUUUGAAUGUGAUGGUCAUUAGAAUUCUAGAAAGCAAGAUGAGAAUGUAAAAUAGAAUGGAUGGAUAAACAUCACCGACAAUGACCAAAGUAACGCAAUGUCGAUGUCUAAGUCAUCAGGCCUCUAUCUCCAGUGAUGAGCACCACGCCAUCAUUCAGAGUGACGACACCCACAGCAUUCAACCAGACGACUCCAUCGAAUUUCUCUCUUCUCAGGUUAUACUCGUGAACGAACUGCCAAAACGACCCUCCAAAAGUGCUCUAGUUCAAAGAAAAUAUGAGAAACCAAAAGCGGAAGUCGAAAGAAAAAAAAUCUCCCGUUGUGUGGCGCUGAUAGCUUUCUUAUUGCUUGGAGUCUGCUUUGCACUCAUGGGGGUUUCCUUCGCCCUCACUUCUACGAUUGACGAAAUGGUUCGGAAUUCAAACACCGUCUUAAGGAAGCACAACCUGGCAGGCAACUCACAGGGACACGUGACCAACGAAUCUUAUUUUCACUGAUGAUGUGCCAAAAGUGUUCACGCUUUAAUAAGUUUUGACAAAUAUGCAACGAAUGGAAACGAAUUGCUUCCAAAUACGAUAUAUGGCUGACAGCUGAAGUGCAGUGACUGGGAUCGGAAUGGAAUGGUUAGCGUUGUGAAUUAGCUAUAAAUCGUGUAUUCGAUUGGAAUUCUGUAAAUAGUGAACAUUAAUAGGAUUCAUUAUCAAAACUGCUGACUUGAUUUUGAGGGACUGGAAAAGCACAACGACCAGACUUGAUCUCAGAUUCUCUCCCUUCAGCCUCUUUAUUAAGAAUUGACAAGUUCUAUACUCAGUGUCGACUUUGAAUGCACUAAACUGGGAAAUAAAUUCAUUAAUCAACAAUUCGAUUGGUUGGCCAUUUUAUCAAUUUUCAUUUUGCCAUGUCAUCAAUUUUCAUAGUAGAAUAAUGUUUGGUGAAAUCACUAUAAUGUCCAUAUAAGGUCACAAUGAUAAAACAGAAUGUUUAAGAGUUUGAUGUAAUUGAUCAAGUAAAUUAGAAACAAGCACAAGUCGGAAACUUUUUGCAUAUUAACAUAUUUAAAUAUUAUAUAUUAGUAGUUUUGGUACACAAAUUUAAUC